UUUUGACUGUUUUGCACCCUACAAUGAAAUCGAAAAUAUCUUGUUGGUUUAUAUUUAUAAAUCUCAUCGUCAGUUUGGCUGCACACAACACUGGUGAAAAUGGACAAGUCUGGAAAUUAUACGUGUACAGAUUACAGAGGCUAUUCCAUCAAUAUAAGCGACUCGGCUGCGGUCAAGGCGAUAUGGCGUCGGUGUGUGGGCAGGGCAGCUCUUCUCAUCUCUAUCUGUUUUGCCCUGGCUAUGGCUUUCGGGUUUUUGGCGCUCUACAAAUGGCGGCAUUUCAAAACCGCACUGCGCAAAGUAUUCCUGAACAUUCUGCAUUCUGUCAGAAUGAAAACCAUGAGAGAGUAUCGAUACCAAGUGUUCAUCGGGUACGCGGAUGACGAUUUCCGAUUCAUACGCCAUAUACUGCGCAGGUACUUGGAAGAUGACCUGAAUCUGAGCACAUACAUCCACCAGCGUGACCUGGGGCCCGGCUACCUUGACCAGCAGCUACUGGAUGCUAUCCAAGACAGUUGGAGACUCGUUCUUGUGCUCUCAGUUAACUUCCUGCGUUCUUAUGACAAGGCCCAUCUUGUCAUGAAGAUGUGUACGUCUGCCUUGACCCCAUUGAACCCAGACCGCAUUCUAGUUUUGGUGCAGAAAGAUCAAGGCCGCUACAUCCCCGAUUACAUCCUGGCGGCGGUGGACGAGGGUCAGCUGAUCACAGUGACCAACCUACAGGAGCAACUCAAUUACGAACAGAAACAACGCAUCAAACAUCUCAUUUUGUCAUAAUUGUGACAGUGCAUCAAACACUUUAUCGUGUCAUGAAUGUAACAGUACAUCAAAGAUUCUCCUUGACAGUACAGUAAGGGUUUCAUCCUGUCAUGAAAAUGUCAGUCCAUUAGACAUUUUAUCUUAACAAUUCAUCACAUUUAUCAUCUGGUCCUGAAUGGGACAAUAUACCAAACAUGUCAUCUUGACAGAAUAUCAAACAAACUGUCUUAAUUAUGAAUAUGACAGUACAUCAAAUAUCUUGUUUUGGAAUAAACGUGACAGCACAUCAAACAUCUAAUAUAUUUAUGAAUGUGACAGUUAAUCAAAGAUCCAAUCUUGACAGUUCGUCAAUCAUCUCAUCUUGCAAUUAAUGUGACAGUGCAUCAACUUUUCUUCAUGUUGAAUGAACAUUACAAUUUUUAAUCUAAUCACGAAUAUGGCAAUCCAUCAAAUGUCCAAUCUUAACAGUUCAUCACACUUCAUACCUGGCACUGGAUUUGACAACUCACGGUAAUCUCAUCUUACCAUGAAUGUAACAGUAUAUGCAACUUCGAAUCAGGUCAUAGAAUUGACAGUACACAAUAUAGUUUGUCUUGCCAUGAACUUGACAAUUCAUCACACCUUUCAUUUCGUCCCGAAAAUGAAAUAGCAUUACAUCAAAUAUCUCGUCUUAUUAUGAAGGUGACCUUACCGACAUGAACAUACUGAAUAAAAUUUCUCAUCUUGUUGGAAAGAAAACAUGCCUGCAAGUAUUUCUGCUGCUACUGUUCGAAAAAGUGCAAACAAUAAAAGCGAAACUAACA